AUCACCAUCACCAUCUUCCAAUGAAUCGACCAUGUCAUAUUACAACCGUAGCAUUCCACAUGCAUGAAUGAUUGCAACUAUAUGUAAGAUGGGGUCCGGCCCCGGGAGAUCCACGAUAUUCCCACAGUAUCCGAUACCGUCUUUUCACUGUCCUUCCCGGCUCCAGGAUCUAAUACCAGACCAACCAAAUUAAAACUUGGGCUCAGCUCACUCUUUGCAGCAUCCUGGUCCCAACGUACCUAAUCUUUCUCUAAUAGGUAACGGUAUGCCAACUCUUAAAUUAUUAUACGCUGUUCCCAUCAAGCUGGUUAUUUAGCUAAAAACGCGCUUUCUAUGUUUACACGGGUCGGGAACCAAUUCGCAGAGUUUUAAGACCCAGACUGGUGAGUCUUUAAGAGGUAUACGAAGCUUUGAGAUUGGGCUCCAUAAAACUAAUCUAUUUAUAAAGCUGCCCUUCGUUAUGAAUUGGGGAAUCACCAUACGUACGAGUUCGUGGAGGGCGCCUUACCAAGUAUAGGGGCUCUCGAACUCGACGGAAUGAUUUCCUCGAAUGAAUAAUUCUUUUCGUAUAUCGAUCUAGAUAAUAAGGGGAGCUUCGUGUCAAUACUUACGGAUAUCGACAAUUAUAUCAUGGCUUCUAAUGUAAGCGGGAUUCGCGUACCAGAGACAAGACAAGUUUAUGUUCAUUCUGGUAGCCAAGAAAUCCCGGGGGCUAGGAUGAGUACCACAGUCAAACUUAGUGUAAGGAAAAUCCGCAGGGUUGUCUCGCUAGCUAUGGAGAUUGAGAUUGAUCACCAAGCAAAGUGAUAGCAAAGCGAAAUAGUUAUACUAUCAGUAUUCAAAAUACUACAUAAU